CUAGAACGUUAGAACAAGAUCUGCCUGGUCUCCCUCAGACGGUGUCUGUGGAAACUGAGGUCCAGAGAGCAAUGGGGAUGAUCCAGAGCACAGUGAUUUGGUGGCAGACAGUCAAGGGAGAAAUUUCUGCCACGCUGUGGUUUUCCAAUAAUACUCUCAAAGUUCUGUCGGUUUUCCAAACACCCAGAGCAGAUUGUUCCUGGAUUCGCUAGUUCUUCCUAUGAAGAAUUUUCCCUCAGUUCCUUCCUCGCAGGUUGUCUUCUCUUCCCUUUCCCAGUCAGCUGUGCAUUCUCACGUUCGGUUCCCGACACCGCAAGGUUUCAUACUGAUCAAGGCUGAGCAUCUGUACCUAACUCUCCCCAGCUGUCCAUGGAACCAGAUGUCCCCUUUGACAGUGAAACUGGUUAUGGGCUCCCCCCUCUCCUACCCAGCAAGGCUUUGCAAAAAGAAAAUGCCCUUGGGAGAAAGAUUCCAAUGGAGCCAGGACAGUGACCAGUCACUCGUAAUCAAAGGGCACUCAGUCCCUGUGUCCCAGGGCGGCGACCAAACUAAAAAGUAGAGUUCCCCAGUCCACCUACCCCUCUUUAUAUUCUACUGGGGAAGGAAUCUUGGUCUUCAGCCUCCCCUUCGCCCUCUAAACCUACAAGUCAGCCUUAGAGGGAGAUAACGGACUUAAGUCUUUCCUCGGUGGGCACCCAGUUCAGACACUGGCGCCCCCUUUCCGCGCUCGCCCACCUCUCCUCCUAGGGCCUAAGUAAGAGCGAGGGCAGACUCUUAUGAGUCAUGUCUCGGGCUUGGAGUCGAGGAGGGAAGCACCGCCUCUCCUUGGGCCCCUUCUCUCCCCCUUUCUCCUCCUGGCGGGAUCCUGGCUUCGCCAGAUGCUGCGCAGCAAUCGCCGAUUCUUCAUCACCAAUUCCGCUCGGGCGCCCCGCAAGACCCCAGGCAAGAUGAACAUUCUGGCGCCGGUGCGGAGGGACCGCGUCCUGGCGGAGCUGCCCCAGUGCCUGAGGAAGGAAGCCGCUUUGCACGUGCACAAAGAUUUCCACCCCCGCGUCACCUGCGCCUGCCAGGAGCACCGGACAGGCACCGUGGGCAGAUUUAAGAUCUCCAAGGUCAUUGUGGUGGGAGACCUGUCGGUGGGGAAGACUUGCCUCAUUAAUAGAUUCUGCAAAGACACCUUCGAUAAGAAUUACAAGGCCACCAUUGGAGUGGACUUUGAGAUGGAACGAUUUGAAGUGUUGGGCGUCCCCUUUAGUCUGCAGCUUUGGGAUACCGCUGGACAGGAGAGGUUCAAAUGCAUUGCAUCAACCUACUACCGUGGGGCUCAAGCCAUCAUCAUUGUCUUCAACCUGAAUGAUGUGGCGUCCCUGGAACAUACCAAGCAGUGGCUGGCUGAUGCUCUCAAGGAGAAUGACCCUGCCAGCGUGCUCCUCUUCCUCGUGGGCUCCAAGAAGGACCUGAGUACUCCAGCUCAGUAUGUGCUAAUGGAGAAAGAUGCCCUCAAAGUGGCCCAGGAGAUUAAGGCUGAGUACUGGGCAGUGUCAUCUCUUACUGGUGAGAAUGUCCGGGAAUUCUUCUUCCGCGUGGCAGCCCUGACCUUUGAGGCCAACGUCCUGGCUGAGCUGGAGAAAUCAGGGGCCCGGCGCAUUGGGGAUGUUGUCCGCAUCAACAGCAAUGACAGCAACCUCUACCAAACUGCCAGCAAGAAGAAGUCCACAUGUUGCUCGUGAAGGGUGAGGAGACUGUCCAGAGACUGCCCAGCCCUGGGGUGGGCACCGUGCCACCUGGACUAUCCCAGAGCGUGGGCCCUGGACAUUUGCACUGACCGUUCUUUCAGACCAAAGAGCUGCCCCUUGGUGGCAGUACCCCCGAGGGGUAGCUAGGACCAUGCUAGUCACUUUCCUUUCCUAGGCACCACGCCAAAGACUGGAUGGCCCCUUUCUCUUCUGGAGGCUCCCCUGGGUCCCCAGCAGUGGAGGGGGGGGUGUUCCUGCUGGGCCCUUUGGAUGUGAGGAUGCCUAAUGAUUCCAGCCUCACACUGUGCCUUAUGCAUUAAAGUCUAUUAUUAGCAUCUUCAGAACUGGAGUCCUUGUUGGGGA